UGACAAGUGGGAGAUCCCAAAGGGUUGGGAUUGUUGGAAAUCCAGCUGUCACGGCUGAACCUUUUAAUAAUCGUCCAUAACAGCAGCGGUCGAGCAAGAGGAGCGAUUCGAAUGAUCGAGAUUGAUCGAUCAGAUUAUAAAAUCAUCCUAAAAUGUUUUUGGCAAGAGUUAUUAGAAAAUCGGCAGUGGCGAUGAGUCCAAUGAAGCAGAAAUGUAAGCUGUAUUCACAUCAUGCACCUUCAAAAACUACGAUUCAUUCUACCAUUCCUUUGGGAUCCUUGAGAUUCUGCAGUGACAGUCCACCCAAGUGUUGGAAUUGCGACUACGUGUACAAGUCCAAGAUAUUCUGCUCAAAGUGUAAAGUAUUGCAGGAAUUGCCGCAGAACUUGAAUUAUUUCGAAAUCAUGGGAAUUAAAAAGAAUUACAAUGUGAUAGAUGAGGAAAUUCAUAGAAAAUACAGAGAGCUGCAAAAAAUGCUGCACCCCGAUAAAUUUAGUAAUAAAUCUGAAAAAGAAAGGCAAAUCUCAGAGAAGUUGUCGUCUCUAAUAAAUAAGGCUUACAGUACGCUGAUGCAUCCAUUAAAAAGAGGAUUAUAUCUAUUACAAUUAAAAGGUAUAUCAAUACCAGAAGGUACAACCAGUUUGAAUCCAGAAUUUCUCAUUGAGAUCAUGGAACGUAAUGAAGAGAUAGAAAACGCAAUAGAGAACAAAGAUAAGGUCUUGAAGCUAACCAAAGAAUCUAAGGAACUGCUCAAUAAAAUGUCAAAGCAAGUGGCAGAGGCGUUCAGUAAAGAAGAUAUUGAAACGGCAACAAAGAUUUUAAUAAAAAUGAAAUAUUAUGAUACUAUAUAUAAUAGAUUAAAGAAACUAAAGCAUGAUUUAGGUAUAAUAGAAUAA